AUGCCCCACGUGUUUCAGGGACUUCUGAACCGUGUGGUGCGAGGAAUGCGGCUUAGGCUGACCAAUGGUCCCCUGAGGCCAGCGAGGAUUGCGGCUCAGAUAGAAGUGGUAUCUCCGAGGCCUGCAAGGAUUGAAUUGACAAAGCAGGAAUGGGGGGCAUUCGCUAGGUGUCGGACAUGCACAUGGUUCAGCUCGAAUUCCAAAGUGAAAUUUGGGUCGGGUCCUGUUAGCUGUGGUCAUUUUUUGCAUGAAUCUGUGUUGAAAUGA